AUGCAUCUGUGGCGUCCGCCAUCGAGCUCGCGCCGAGUCCGACAUCGCUCCGCUGUUCCGGAUGCCCAUGAGGGUCCAGCCCACCAGUACGUACCAAAGGAAGAGGACCGCACGCCAAGAGCAAAAUCCCCAAAGAUCCUUAAUUGA